AUGUCCCCCAGCCAAACUUCGUUCUACGCCGAUGCCGUCCUAUUUGACAUGGACGGUACGCUCACCGACUCCAUCGCAGCAGUCGAGGCCGCCUGGGGCAAGGUCGCCAAGGAUAUCGGGCAGGACCCAGCCUACGUGAUCGCUGCCACUCACGGAAAGCGCGCCGUCGACAACCUCGCUCAGUUCAAGCCCCACAUCAAGGCGCACGAAAUGGAUGACGAGGUCCAGGCCUUUGAAGAGUCUAUCCUCUACUUCGCCGAUGCGUUCCACAAACACGGCCCUGGCUCCCGCCAGAAUUCGCCUCUCGACUCGCCCUCGACGUCCGACGCACCCACUCCCGCCCUCACCCCGUCCGGAUCCGUGCCAUCCUCGCGCACCUCAUCCCGAGCGUCGUCGUUCGCCGGUGGCCUCGGCAAUCUCACCUCAUUCCGCAGACGCCCUUCUUUCCUGAGCCGUGUCAGCAGUAUGCUCAUGAUGUCCGGCGUAGACCGCGCACGCAUCGUAGACUCGACCGUCGAGGAAGACGAGGAGAGCGCCGUCGACGUGAGCAAGGAGGACAAGCUGCACGUCCUUGAGGCCUGGCAACGGGAGGCGAUCGCCGUCGACCGCUCCGUCCGCAUCCUCCCCGGCGUGAAAAAGAUGAUUUCGUCCAUCCCUGAGGGACACUACGCCGUUGCGACGUCUGGCGCAAAAACAUACGCAUACGGCUGCAUGACCCGUGUCGGCAUCACCCCGCCGCCCGUUACGAUCACCGCGGACGACAAGCGCCUCAAGGCCGGCAAGCCCGCACCCGACCCGUUCCUGCUCGCAGCCAAGUGCCUCGGGUUCGACGCGACGAAGUGCGUCGUCUUUGAGGACUCGCCGUCCGGCAUCCGCGCAGGUGUCGCGUCGGGCGCAACGGUCAUCGCGGUGUGCACGUCGCACGAGCGCGAAAAGAUCGCGGACUGCGGCGCGCACUUUAUCGUGGAGAACAUGGAGAAGGUGCGCUGCGAGCCCGUUCAGAUCGCUGGCGAGACGAAGCUCCGGUUCUCAAUCCUCGCGUGA